AUGACAUUUCGCAAGGUCGGACGCGCGGCGUGCGCGGCGCUCGCGCUCCUCGUCUGCGGCGCCGCGUGCACGACCACCAAAUAUUUCACCUACGAAGAGGACGCGCUCGCGACGGAGAUAGGCAACCUGUCCGAGGACCUCGAGAUCGACCCGGCCGAUGACCCCGAGACGUCGUUCCGCUUCAUGCAGGAGACGAACUCGUCCGUCGUCGCCAUGCGGGAGAUCGACGGGCUCCUGAGCGUCGGCGAGACGCUGGACCGGGAGCAGCUCUGCCCCGGCACCCCGCGCUGCUUCCUCGCCUUCGACGUCGUGGCCUUCUCCAAGGGGAGGUUUCACCUCGUGCACGUCGAGGUCGAAGUGAAGGACAUCAACGACCACGCGCCGCUGUUCGCGCGCAACGAGACCCACCUGGAGAUCCUGGAGAGCGUCCCGCUGGGCUCCAGGUUCCCCCUGGAAGUGGCCGUCGACCAGGACGUGGGUAGCAACUACAUCCAGAACUACAGCAUAUCCCCCUCCUCCGGACACUUCGCGGUGGACGCGCGCCGCGGGGAGGACGGGGUGAAGUACGCGGAGCUGGUGCUGGUCCAAGAGCUGGACAGGGAGGCGGAGGACUCCUACACCAUCGAGGUGACUGCCACCGACGGCGGGUCGCCGCCCAGGUCCGGCUCCAUGACCGUGAACGUCAAAGUGCUGGACUUCAACGACAACAGCCCCACCUUCGAGCACAGCGCCCUCAAGGUCGCCCUGAACGAGGACUGCCCCGUCGGCCACCGCGUGCUCCGCGUGCACGCCUUCGACCCGGACGACGGCGCGAACGGCGAGGUGGUGUACGCGCUCGCGGACGGGCCGCUGUCCGAGACGGCGCGGGUCUUCCGCGUCGACCCGCACACCGGCGACGUGACCCUGAAGGCGCCGGUGGACUUCGAGAAGCGGCGCUCGUACGAGCUGCACGUCCGAGCCGCCGACCUGGGCGUCCACUCCGCCCCGUCCACCUGCAAGGUGACGGUGGACGUCGUGGACGUGAACGACAACGCGCCCGAAAUCCGCGUCAAGCCCAUGACCUCCGGCAGCGACGGGGUGGCUCGCAUCACCGAAGCCGCGGCCACGGGCAGCUUCGUCGCCCUGAUCAGCACCGCGGACCGGGACUCCGGAUCCAACGGGUACGUGCGCAGCAGCCUGCACGGCCACGACCACUUCACGCUGCAGCAGGCCUACGGCGACACGUUCAUGAUCGUCACGACCGCCACCUUGGACAGGGAGAGAAUCCCCGAGUACAACCUCACCGUGGUGGCGGAGGACCUCGGGAGUCCGCCCUUCAAGACCGUCAGGCAGUACACCAUCCGCGUGACGGACGAGAACGACAACCCGCCUCUCUUCAGCAAGCCCGUCUACGAGGUGUCCGCCGUGGAGAACAACAUCCCCGGGUCGUACGUGACCACCGUGGUCGCGCGGGACCCGGAUGUGGGCAAGAAUGCCAAAGUGUCCUACAAGCUCCUAGAGUCAGAGGUGCCGGGGGGGGCGCCCGUGUCUACGUACGUGUCUGUGGACGCUCUCUCGGGGUCGCUGUACACGCUGAGAUCUUUCGACUACGAGACUCUUCGGCAGGUCGAGGUCACAAUCCAAGCGGAGGACAAAGGCUCCCCUCCCCAGUCGAGCACGUCCACCGUCAGGAUCAGAGUGGUCGAUCAGAACGACAACUACCCUUACUUCACCUUCCCCGUCCUUCGAAACGACUCGGCUGACGUCCCUCUGCCCUUCAACGCCCCCGCCGGGUAUCUCGCCCUCCGCGUCCGGGCCGAGGACGAGGACGAGGGCGUGAACGGCGAGCUCUCUUACCGCAUCGUGCAAGGUGACCCGACGCUCUUCACCAUCGACAGGGACACCGGGGACGUUGGCCUCAAGCAGUGGCUGACGGCGGACAUCGGGGACGUGUUGGAGACGAAAAUCGCCGUGAGUGACAACGGCAGGUCCCCCCUCUCCAGCUGCGCCACUGUCAGGUUUGUCGUCUCGGACACGCAGCCCUCCGAAGACCAGGCCGUGGUGGUGCUGAGGUCAAGCGAGGAGGAGGGCCCCGGCUGGGACGGCUCGCUCGUGGUCAUCAUCGUGCUCAGCGGGGGUUGCGCGUUGCUGCUGGCGGCGAUAGUCGUCGUGGUCGUCACCUGCAAGCUCGACCGAGGGGCGAGGGGCCGGGGCUCCAAGAGGGAGGCGUCUCGAGGCCUUUUCGACAGAGGGCCCGGCGGCGUGCUCGCCCCGGCAGAGCCCGGCAUGUACGGCGGCCGGCGGCGCUUCUUCCACGAGAGGGCCGCCCCGUCCCUGGAGGACUCCUGCCUCUACGAGGAGCGGAGCGGGGACUCGGAGACAAAGAUAUUCAUGCCCUCCAAGCACUUCCAGCCGGCAUCCGUGUGGCAAGGUGACAGAUACUGCUUGCAAGUGAGUGGCAUCGGGAACACUGACCAGCUGAGCGUGAAGGACAGCGGCAAGGGCGACAGUGACUUCAACGAUAGCGACUCUGACGCCAGCGGGGGGGGCGGGGGCAAAAAACACUUCAGCACGUUCCAGCCUGGGCCGGAGAGUUCCUGCAAAGCUGCCAACACCGUGCCUUCGGACUGGAAAGGAACUUACUGUGCAGCGCCAACCCAGAAGCUGAACGCGUACGCAGUGGGCUAUGCCCCCGCGCCCGUCUUCGACAAGCCCCGGGACUACCCGCCCGCUUGGAAAGACUCCGGCUACGGCACCAUUCUGUCCAAGUCCAGGAACGCCAUGCAGACCUUCUCUCGGGCCGGGACCCUCCCUCCUUACUUCCCCCACCAGCAGCGGGAGGCUGGUGCCGGAGCCGGUGAUAACCAGUCCGGGCCAAAUAUGGUCACCGUCGCGACGCCAUUAGAGGUUGCGACCAUCUUCUGA